AUGCUUGUGGUCCUGCUCACGGCAGCCUUGCUGGCCCUGAGCUCAGCUCAGGGCACAGAUGAAGAGGUCAACAAUGCUGAGACCAGUGAUGUACCAGCAGAUUCUGAACAACAACCCGUGGACUCAGGUUCAGAUCCCGCUUCUGCUGAUGCAGAUGCAGAGAAUGUUCAAGAGGGUGAAUCAGCCCCACCAGCAAAUGAAGAGCCUCCUGCCACCUCUGGGAAUGAAGAGGAACAGCAGCAGCAGGAAUCCACACAGGCAGAGAAUCAAGAGCCUCCUGCCACCUCUGGGAAUGAAGAGGAACAGCAACAGCAGGAAUCCACACAGGCAGAGAAUCAAGCGCCUUCUGACUCUGCUGGGGAAGGACAGGAACCUCAACCUGCGGAAGGAAAUGUAGAGUCACCUCCCUCUUCUCCUGAAAACUCACAAGAACAACCCCAGCAAACAAAUCCAGAGGAGAAACCGCCUGCUCCUCAGAUUCAGGAAGAACCGCAGCACUACAGAGGUCGUCCUCCAAAGAAGUAUUUUCCUUUUUUCCUUUACGGAGGAAGACCAGUAGUAGUAUUCAGGCCUCGAAGACCUAGGAAUCCAUUCGCCAGAAGAGUUUAG